AUGUCGACCCUUAUCCAUCCUCCCCAAGCAACAGGCCUUCGUGACAGUGACUCGCAGAUCACCAAUCAAGGACCUGAGCUCAAGAGUGGCAAAGACGAGUCACUUCUCUCGCACUCGCAAUGGAGCCCCCAAUUCCAUCUUAAGGCACCUCACGGGUGGCUCAAUGACCCCUGUGGUCUCGGAUAUGACCCUUCUACCGAGACCUACCGUGUUGCUUUCCAAUGGAACCCCCAGGGCAAUGACUGGGGUAACGUCUCCUGGGGUUACGCGACGUCAAAAGACUUGGUCUCUUGGAAGGCAUCCCCAUUGCCUUGCUUGGUCCCUUCCGCUCCAUACGACCAAUGCGGUGUAUUUACUGGCUGCCUUCGGGCUACCGAUAUCGAUGGACAGGACGGCGCACUCACCAGUAUCUAUACAUCCGUUUCGUCCCUUCCAAUUCAUUACACCUUGCCUUAUAAGCGAGGAUGCGAGUCCCUCAGCUUGGCCGUCUCCCGUGAUGGAGUGCACUGGGAACGUCAGAGCUGUAAUCCUAUCCUGUCUGAGCCCCCUCCCGACAUCGAUGUCACUGGUUGGAGGGAUCCAUAUGUUGGACCUUGGCCUGCACUACAGGAGGCUAGAGGCCUUCCUUCUUCGCAGCUGUUCGGGUUUAUUUCUGGUGGUAUCAAAGGCGAGACACCGACUGUCUUUGUCUAUACCGUCACCCGCAACGAUCUCCGCGACUGGAAGUAUAUCGGACACUUGGCCAACGUGGGGAACAACUUCUACCCAUCUCGCUGGUCUGGCGAUUUCGGUGCCAACUGGGAAGUUGCGAAUCUUGUUUCUCUCUCCGAUGAUCGAGGCGCGACGCGUGAUUUUGUCGUUGCAGGAACGGAAGGAUGUCUCCGCUUUGACGAAACAGCCGCUCAGAUGAACCAGACGAAGGCUAUUGACCGAAGAACUCAACGUCAGCAAUUAUGGAUGUCUGUCACAACGGACCCUGAAGCCAAUGGGCUAGAAAGCUCGAAGCCACUGGCACAGUACUCCUUUGCCGGCGUAUUCGACCACGGGUGUUUCUAUGCUGCAAACUCCUUCUUCGACCCUGUGACCUCCCAGCAUGUUGUCUUUGGCUGGGUCACAGAGGAAGACCUCCCUGACCAUCUGCGUCAUGCACAGGGAUGGAGCGGAAUGAUAUCACUACCGCGGGUGCUGAAAAUGGUCACGCUUGAUAAUGUGACCAAGGCCCGUCACUCGACUCUGGAUUCUAUUACUUCCAUCGAAACCCAACCCAACGGAACAGGAUCAUACACCAUCCGGACACUAGGCAUACAACCUGAUCCGCGGCUUCUGAGACUACGCACCAAAGCAUUCAGUGCUGAAGUGCAGGGUCUGAAGCUCCACAGCCCCGUCCCAGUCUCGUUACAGACAUCGACAUGGGAAAUCAAAGCUGAAUUCGCCGUGGGCAAGACCUGCAGCCGCGUCGGGUUUGCCGUUGCACAUAGUGCUGACGCAGCAGCCAAGACAAUAAUCUCCUGGUACCCCUCGACCGAGACAUUCACCAUCACUCGACCAACUCCCCACGAUCCUCAAAUCAACCACGCCCCUGAAACCGCCCCGCAUACCCUGUUCACGACCCAAGACACGAGCGGUGAAGACAGAGAAGAGAUACUUUCGAUCCAGGCAUUCUUCGAUGGGAGUGUUCUUGAGGUAUUCGUGAAUGAGCGAACGGUCAUCACGACUAGGAUAUACACGCUAGCUAAGAGGGGUUUUGGAAUGGCUUUCUUUGCGGAGGGGGAGUCGGAGGGUUUGGAUUCGCAUGAUGAGCCGGCGGCUGUUUUGGUGAGGGGAAUGGUGUGGGACGGGCUUGAGGGUUGA